AUGUUUGAAUGCCUGGGGCUGAAGCUGGGAGAUGGCGGCAGGGUCUGUGUCUGUGAGAGAACAAACCUGCUCUUUAUCGAAUUUAACACAGUCUCUUGUUCCAGCCGGAGUACCAUGGAAGCAGGGCCGUGGACUGGAAAGAGCUACAGUGCCCCCUGGAUGUACCACAGGGUUGCUGGGCAGUACACGCUCUUCGAGAAGCAGGUGGUGUCGGAUGUUUCUCCCGGCCCGCGCCGCCCCGGCCCCCGCGCCCUGCAGGACUCGACCAACUGGCGGGACGGCCGGCCUCCGCCUCCCGGGGCUCCCCCGAGGCAGGCAAGGCCCUGCUUUUCAGGGCAAGAGUGCAAGAGGGCCGCGGCUUCUCCCAAGCCCCACAGGCAACGGCGCCCCACGGACGACGGCUCCAGGGCGGCGUGCACGGGGCAGCUGGCCCGGGGGGCUGCGCACACGCCGGAGGCGGCGGCGGCGGCCGGAGAGCGAGCUGCGGCAGCCGGCCGCCGGGGCCCCCCGGGAGCGCCCUGCCAGCCCCGGGGCCAACUCCAGCUCCAGCCGCAGGCCCGGCCCCCGCCCAGCUACGAGGCCCACAUGCGGCUGCGGGCCGGCCAGAGCCCCCGGCACGGGACCCGCCCGCGCCCGCCGCCCUACCUCGCCCCCCCGCCCUACGAGGCGGCCCAUCGCACCGCGCGCCCCCGGCCACGUGCGCGCAGGGCCGCCGGCGGGGAAAGGCCGGCGGGGCCCGGCGAGGCCUGGGGGCCUCCGACGCCCCGCUCCGGCCGCCAGGGGCCACCGGGCCAGGCCGCGGCGCCCGGCCGCUGGAGCCACCCGGCGGGGGCCAGCACCUGGGGCGGGCGGAGGCGGCGGGCGGAGCGCGGCGAGCCCCCCGGCAGGCCCUGCAGCCCCCCGCCCCGCAGCCACACCCUGCCUCGGGCCGCCAGGCGGACCCCCGACGGCUCCGUUCCCCGCCACGCCCUCCCCGCCAGGGGGCGCUCCCCCCAAGGGAGGGCCGGGGGGCUGCUGCUGAUCGACGCCACGCGCGUCGCCAUCCGGACCCGCUACGUCCCCCCGGGCCGCCCCGAGCGCGCGCCCCACGCGGACCCCCCCGCCGCCCCCGCCGCCCCCCCGCCCGCCGGGCUGCAGGCGCGCGCCCCCCGCCUCCCCCCGGGGCCCCCCUGGAGCGCGCUGCGCCGCACGCCCUCGGGGCCGGCCCGCCCCGGGCGCAGGGCGGAGGGCGCGGCGGGCGGGCAGGCCCCUGGGCUCGCGGGGCCGGAGCGGGGCCCUUCCCGCCCCCCCGCCGCCCCGGCCCCCGAGAGCCGCCUCGAGGGGCCUCCGCGCCCGCAGCUGGCUCGCCCGACGGCGGGGCGCAGGGGCGAUGGCUGCGGGGCCCGGCCCGACGCGGCGCCCUGCGGGGACCCGCCACACGGAGCCUACGCGCUGCAGCUGAGGGAAGCCGUGCGCAGGAUCCGCCGCCACACAGCGCCGGACUCGGACACCGACGAGGAGCUGGAGAAGGAGCGACGGCCGGCCGGCAGCCCUUUCCCGGGGAGGGCAGGGCGCCUCGCUGGCAGCAGCAGCAGCAGCAGCAGCAGCGUGGAGAGCGUCGGUUCUCAUGCCACUGUGGUGCCCGCAGAUGCCAGCUCCGCCACCCUGAGCAAUGGCCCUGAGCGGGGCUGGCAGCUAAGCCAAGCAGCGCCGUGGCAAUGA